GUGUAACUAAUUGGUUGGACCUCAGUGUGUUCACAGUUUCACGCUCUUGUCGGCGAAAUGAUGUUUUUCUGUUUGUAUUCGCUGCAUGUUUUCAUCUUCUCCUGCGGUCGUUUGGCUGUCGCAGCCACUGAAAGUGGGACCGCUUCUACUUCCUUACCAACAACAGAGGGUUCAUCCAGCUCGGCCACCCCGGCUCCGGGCGGGACAGGGGCCACUCAGAAGGCUACUCUUCAUCCCGCUCUGGUCACCAUGGUAACCACAGUGGACUUGACGGUAACCGCUACACCGGUGUCUGAGGCGCCCUCUGCGGCCACCGAGGCUCCAUCAUCAACCACCGUUAAGACUGUGCUGUCUACAGAAGGUUGUCUCUGCGAUCUGACGCCUGAUUUUUGUGACAUCGGCUGCUGUUGUGACACGGCGGACUGCGACGUUGCUAAUUUAACAACUGUCUUCACUGGAUGUCCACAAGGACGUCCAACAGGAGUCUGCGUUGACAAAUGGCUCGUGUUCAGAGCCAACGUGGACUCGUCUCUCGUCUCUGUGACUGACACCUCGUUUUGUGUCCAACCUGAAGUUGGUGUCCCUCAGUCCCUCCCUGCGCUCCUAAAGUAUCCAGCUUUAGGAGACUCGUACCACUUCGCCCCAGCAGGACAUACAUACAUCAAACACAGCAGAGAUUUUUACAGGGCGGAUGACGUUAUCCAGGUGUUUUUCUCCAAUUCGUCUGCGCGGAGUCUCCUCCGUCAGCCGUCUCCAGGGGCGGCAUCAGCGUUCUGCUUCAACCGCAACCCUGCAAAGUUUCUGAGGUCGUCAUCGCUGUCUUGUUCCCGCGUGGUGACGUCUCAGUCCUGUGACACCGAUCCAAGUCUCAGCGCUCGCUCCUACUUCUCUGACAUGAAUCUGAUAAAGAUUCCAACAGCCCAGGUGGUGAUACCAUCAGAUUUUCUGAUCCCAGUGACUCCACAGGCUGAGUGGCCUUCACCAGCGAAGCAAAACAACUCAUGUCUAAAUGUAGUGAAAAAGGUUGAGUUUAUUAUAGGUUACACAGGCAGGGGUGAACUCUCAUACGCAACAAUCAACGUUGAGCUGACUGCUUCGACUUUGGAUCAGCUCCUAUUACAGACGCACUCUGUACGUUUUCAGUUGAUCCCAUCCAGGCCCAUACCAGAGACAAUUAUACCUUCUGCUGGACUUCGAGUGGGGUCUCCAGUCACUGGUCGUUUUGAUGGCGAAGUGCAGCCUUUGACAUUACUUGGGCUGUCACAAGGUGGAGAGUGUUCCUCUGACCCCAGUGGACGAGCGGCCGUCCUCUUCCCCCACAACAGCAUCACCGGCUGCACAUUCACUUCCUCUGCGAGUAAUUGCACCAAGCUACGGUCUCAGAUUUAUGGGAUUUUGCAAGGACCUGCAGCUCCCGAUGUGAUAGCCAUGAACUCUGGCUCACAACCGGACUGGACGAGAGUCAUCAGGCAGGAGUGUCCUCUCAGCUCACAGGAAACGUGUGACUCAGGCUGCCUCCUCCCUCAAUCCCUCUACGUUCAAGUGCUGUGGGCUCGUCAGGGCUUCAUUGACCUUCCUCAGAAAUACAUCCUGGGAGGCCAGUUUCUCUUCCACUGUCAAAAAGUCAAGUGCCCUUUAUCGUCACCUCUCGUCCUGACAACCAAAGUUGCCUUUAUUGACACCACAGUUUACCCCAAACCCCCCCGAGGUUUGCCUCAACCUCACUGGAAGUUUCCGUUUGGCUUCUUCACGAGAGGCGCCGCUGAGCUGGACGGCCAUGUUGUUCCUGACAGCAGCGGUGCCGAGGAGGUCACGAGGAGUUUAAUGCUGCUCACCGUCUUGUUAAUAGGAUUAGAAUUACUCACAACGUAGCUUCUGUGGGAGGAGUGGAGCACCGAGGAGUUUUAGUUUUCCAUUUGUACAAAAAAGGAGAGUUUACU